UAAACAUCCCGGUUAGUAUAACGUGAACCAAAACAAACAGGCGAGCGGCGAGCGGCGAGAGAAACGCUUAUAAUUUCAUCACUAUUUGUAAAUCGAAAACACCUUUGUAAAUCAGAGAUCAGCAAUGGAAGACUUGUUAAACAACCUCACAGGGGUUGCAGUGACAGAACACCCAAACACCCCUUAUGCAGAACACCCAUAUUUUGCUCUAUAUAAAGCCAAGCGAACAGGAUCCUCCCAGGAAGAGAGAAGAAAAAGAGUUCUAGAUGCAAGGAAGGAGGCGAGGUAUGAUCUUCUCAAUCACUUGCGUAAUAUUGAAGAAGAAAAUGCUGGCUCAGAGGGAAGUUCUUCAGAUGAUAGCAUGGAAUGUGAAAAGGAAAGGGUAUGUUAUAGGAGGCCAAAAAAAUACCGCAACUUCCUCAUGCUGAGUGAAUGGUUGGUCGACAUUCCAGAGGACUUUGCCGCAUCAUACCUCUCAGUACAAUGUCCUGUUGGAAAAAGGAGUCUUAUUGUGUCAGCUAGGGGCAGAACGCGAGCCUAUACCAAAGCAGGGGUAAUGGUUAACCAGUUCCCUUCCCUGCUGCCCGGGGGUUGCUACCACAGCAAGAGAAAGGGCUAUGCAUUGCUUGACUGUAUUUGGUCGGAGAAAGAGAAAACCUUUUUUAUACUGGAUCUUGUUGUGUGGCUGAACCAAUCUAUUAUGGAGUGUGAGACACUGUUCAGAUUUGAAUGGCUGAAGUCAAGGAUGUUAGAGGAGACACCUGAUGCCACUGAAAUAUCCAAAUACAAUCCCUACAGAUUUGUACCCUUACCCUAUUACGACUGCUCACCACAGACCCUAACCAGGCUAGUCAACGAACCUCUGCCCUUCUCUCUCGACGGCAUCCUGUUUUACCAUAAGGAGAGCCAUUACACCCAUGGCCCAACCCCACUGGUGGGUUGGCUCAAGGCAUAUAUGUUUCCUGAGAUUUUAGGUAUAAACCAAGUUGCACAGGUGCACUUAUCAGAAAGGCCAGCUAAAUACAUUAGCCUUCCUGCCCACAUUCAGUAUGGCAAGGACAGGCAACAGCAGAAGCAGGAGGCAUUAAACAGAAAGAUGGAGGUUUCAACCGAGAAUAAUAAAAGUCCAAAAGAGAAAACCAAGAAGGUCAGAGAUGUGAAAGAAAAUCAGGAAGAGACCUCAACAUGGUGGGAAUUUAGUAUGGAGGUUUCAACUGAAAAUAAAAAGAAUCCAAAAGCGAAAAGCAAGGUCAAAGACUUCAAAAACAACAAGGGAAACAACUUAGAAAUGAUGAUGGAAGUGUCCUCCGAGAACAGCAAAAACCAAAAAGGGAAAAAGAAAGAGAAGACUAAAGAAAGCUCCGGGAACAAAAUAGAAACUAUGGUUUCAUAAUUGUUAUUUUUUCAUAUUCAUUCUUCCAUGAAUAUAAUUAUCUAAAUGUUAUAAAUCCCAGAUAUUUUUUUUUUAUCUUAGGAUAAAUUAAAUCUU